AUGAACAGUCUAUUCCAACUAUUUCAGAGAAGUGUUGAGGCGGCCAUAGUUUUACGCAUGGUGUUAGCUCUACCCCAUCUUCCUGUUGAGUCCCAAAUUAAUUGUAAUUUCACAAUGUUAGAUGGUUUUCAAAUAAUCGUGGAUUAUGUCAACCAACAACCUUGUCUUUGGGAUAGAAUUCUUAAAAAUAACAUAAAUAGAUUAUUGUCAUAUAAAUUAUAA